AUGAGCCUGCUUCUGGGCCUCCUGCUCCUGCUCCUGCGCCUCCUGCUCGUCCCGCUCACCACCGCACUCCCGCGGGAGCUCACGCCCGCGCAACGCCUUCGGAAGAAAGAGCUACGCGAGGAACUGGCCAUGCGGCAAGAGGCUGAAAAGUUGAAGAGAAAAAUCCUCCACGAAAAGGAGGAUUUGUGGGCCGCCAGAGAGGAGUGGCACAGGGAGCAGAUUAAGGCUCCGGAAGAAGCCAAGGAGGAAGACGUGGUGGCAGCUAGAAAAGACCGCGAUGAAGAAAGUGCCGCUGUCCAGAAAGUUGUGAAAGAGUUGAAAUCGUUGGUUUAA